CUAUGUUAUUGCUCGAUUUUCGUCCGCGCAGCUGGUUUGUCUCAAUUUUUUAUUAAAAUAGGAAGUACCAAAUAAAUUAAACGGACAUUGGCUUAAAGGCCAGCAAACAAUAUACCGAAAUAAACAAGUUUGUUGGCCGCCCCUGUUGGCCAAGUUUUUUUGUUGUUGCUUUGGCAACCGUUAGAACAACAACAGCAAUAGCAGCAACAACAACAACAACAACAACAUAAACAACAGGGACACAUAAGGGUACUUCCAUUGCUAAAAACAUUUGCGCUUUUCAAAAAUAAGGCGAAAAAACCGAGCCAGACAGUCUGGAAAAUCCAUUGAAAUACAAACACAAUUUUAAGUCGGCACUAAAAACCGAAAGUGGCUGUAUCCCCCGAUUUUGAUGAGCAGCCAACAGAGAUUUCCGGUAUCCAGCCAAAUGGCGAGGAGGAGUUCCACGCUCCAGGUUUCCAAUGCGCCAAAUAGUUUCAUGAAAUAAUUCAUUGCGUACCGAGCAGCACGCCCUAUCGUCGACCGUCCCGCCCCCUGGCACCGACCCCGCCCCCAUCUCCGUCUCCGCCUCCGUCCCGCCCCUUCCGCUCGGCCCUGCGUUGAAAGCGUUGAUAGUCAGUAAAUGGAAUGGAAUAAAAUAAAUCAAAACCGCAAAGGCAGCGAAACGGCGGAGUUGACAAACAAAAAGGGCCACAGCACAGAUAUUAUACAAACUUCGAAAGCGAACGAAUGCUACCGCACAUUGUAAAGCGGCCAACACGUAGCAAAUCAACACUUGCAACAGCAAGUGCCACACAGGUUGCAGGUGCAACAGGACGAUUCCGACGACUAGGAUGAAGGGCGCCAACUACAGCAGCCUCGGCACAUACAGUGGCAUCAAUGGCGGUGGCAACGUGGGCGGCACCGGCAAAAUGUCACUGGGCAAAUCCAUCAAAAUGUACCUGACCAUUUUCAUCCUGACCACCUGCAUUUACAUGGCGCUCUAUCAGUACCACAUAUCCCGCGAACCCUUCGCCGCCAGCGAAGUUGUCAAGCAUCAAGAGAAAUCAUCUUCAUACAUCGCCUCAUAUUUGUGGUCACCCAUUUCCCUGCUAAUGGCCAAUAGUUCCUCAAAUUCCAUUAACAAUCCCACAACAACAAGCACAACCACAACAACGACAACAACAACAAUAGCUCCAACGACACCAACAACCACCACAGUGGGCAGUGUGGGCCAAAAACAGGGUGCAUCCUCAACCGCCUCCAUUCGCAUGGUAUCAUUAGUGGCCACAACACCGUCAUUUAUAUCGCCCUUAUCGGAAUCGCGAUCGGAACUGGGAUCGGAAUCGUUGGGUGGCCAUCAAAAGACUGCAACCAUGAAAACUAGCACCACAACAACAAGAACAACAGCCAGUGGGUUGGCCACAACUAAAUUGUCAGGAACAACAAGAACAACAACUACAGCCAAAACAAGCGCCAAACUGUCCGCGGCGACCACGCCCACUGCCUCCCACAUGGAAAAAGGCCAUAAGACUCGACCAACAUUCGUUGCCGCAUCCUUGCCCCCGCCCCUGUACAUAAUCACGCCCACCUACCGACGACCCGAGCAGCUGGCGGAGCUCACCAGGCUGGGCUAUACGCUGAAACAUGUGGUGAAUCUACUCUGGCUGGUCAUCGAGGACGCCAACAAGACGAAUCCGCUGGUGGGCCACACUCUGGAUCGCAUCGGUGUGCCCUACGAGUACAUGGUGGCGCCCAUGCCGGAGAAGUACAAGCAGACGAAGAAGGCCAAGCCGCGUGGCGUCUCCAACCGGAAUCGGGGCCUCGAGUAUCUGCGCGAACACGCCACCGAGGGAGUGCUGUACUUCGCCGACGACGACAACACCUACGACAUUAGCAUAUUCGAGCAGAUGCGCUACAUCAACAAGGUGGCCAUGUGGCCAGUGGGCCUGGUCACAAAGACCGGAGUGAGCAGCCCCAUUAUCCAGGAGGGCAAGCUGGUGGGCUACUACGAUGGCUGGAUCGGAGGCCGCAAGUAUCCGGUGGACAUGGCUGGAUUUGCGGUGAGCGUCAAGUUCCUGAAGGAGCGUCCCAAUGCCCAGAUGCCCUUCAAGCCGGGUUACGAGGAGGAUGGCUUCCUCCGCAGCCUGGCGCCACUUGACGAUGCGGAAAUCGAGUUGCUGGCCGACGAGUGCAGAGAUAUUCUCACAUGGCACACGCAGACGAAGAAGAACGCACCCGGCCAGGCGCUGAACAGGACGCGCUACAAGAACACGAACCUGGAGCACAUAGAUAGGCUACUGGUGCGCCCAUAGGGAUAUUGACUGUAGUUAGCUAGUUAGCUAAAUAGGCUUAGCUAGAAGCUCGCCGUAUUCAAGGUGGCUCGCUACCAUUUUGACCGUGGCUCGGACGGAUUGUACAGGUACAAUCCGGCGCCCGGAGAAACCCAAUCAGAAUUGAUCAGAUCAUUAGUCGGUGUACAUUAUUAUCAUAAUCAUAUGUUUAGUUAGGCUCUAAGCGCACACAUUUCUAUGAUAAUUCGCUGCACCGUAGGCUUUGUUUGUUCGAAACUCGAACCAUCGCACAGCUAAUUGAACCUUAAGUAACCUGUUGUAUCAUAUCGCAGCGUCCAUGACUACUGUGUAAAUAAUUUAAGAUUAAAUUUGGUUUAACGCUCCAAGUUGAAACGGAAUUCUCAGCCAUAAAAGCAAGCAUCAGCAACGAAUUGGAUAAGAUGUUCCUAGACCAAAGAAAAAGCCCCUCAAGUUCUGCAUUCACCAUUCAAAUCAGCUGCGACACCCAGGACCUCCAAACUGCCGUCUGCAGGAUUCAUGCGAGGUCAGGGUCUGAGCCACAUCAACAAUCAAUUAGGGCAAGGUGUCAACAAAAAAAUGUAGUUCCCCGAAUCGUUCCGAAAGCGGGGCCAGCGUUUCAAUAAUUCAUGCCGACAUAUGGAUGUUCGAGGCGGCACAGAUAAGUCGUGCACGGAUGAGCCUCCUUCCUCGACGAAAGCAAACUGAAUCGCGUGCUUCACUUAAAUUGCACGACAUAUAAAUUGGAUACGAAUGGGACGCAGGAGACAUACAUACAUAGUUUCAACAAUGUUAUGUGGGUAUGAGUCCUGCUAAUGGAACUGAAUGGCUUAAAAGUUUGGCAAAAAUCAAUUUCAUCCUAAGCGCUGCACGAUUUUUGUUUUGUGUUGAAUGAGAACACUUUUUGUAUACCUAAGAUAUGCGUUUUGUUCUUCGUCCGAAACGGGUUUCCAAAGCAACACUACUUUUUCACUACUCAUAAGUAUGCUAAGUUAAGUUUAUGAAGAAAAUUUAUAUUCAAGUUAUGAACUGCACUGAAAUCGCCUACAUGUAAAUAAUAAUCACCUAAAUAUUGUAACCAAAAUUUUUACACAUCCCGCUAAAGCAGGGAGAGAAGUGCAGGGAUGGGAAAAAACUCUGACAAAUGGUAUUACGAGAUUUAUACAAUUUAUACAAUUGAUUAUGGAAUGCGAUAUGCCGCAAAGACAUUAGUUAGGUACUUACAAAAUCUUACAAAAAAUAAAAAUAACAACCGAGUCUCGAUGCACUCUCGAGUCAUGCAACUUAAAACUUUUCAAAAA